UUCGGGGAGUGGUGCAACUUGCAGCCGAAAGAUGCUGCCAAGAUGCCUGAGAGUGCCUGGAAGCUGCUUUUCUACACAUUAUCCUGGUCGUAUGGCAUCUACCUGCUCUUCUUCACCGACUACCCCUUCUUCUAUGACCCACCGUCUGUCUUUUAUGACUGGAAGAAGGGCAUGGACGUGCCCACGGACAUCGCCAUCGCCUACCUGUUGCAGUGCAGCUUCUACGGGCACUCCAUCUACGCCACCGCCUACAUGGACACGUGGCGCAAGGACUCCGUUGUCAUGCUUCUCCACCACGUGGUCACGCUGACCCUCAUAGCCUUCUCCUACGCUUUCAGGUACCACAAUGUGGGCAUCCUCGUGCUCUUCCUGCAUGACGUCAACGAUGUGCAGCUGGAAUUCACCAAGCUCAACGUCUACUUCAAGCACCGGGGGGGAGUCUAUCAUCGCCUGAACGACAUCAUCUCCAACAUCGGCUGCCUCACCUUCAGCGUCAGCUGGUUCUGGUUCCGUCUCUACUGGUUCCCCCUCAAGGUGCUCUACGCCACUUGUUACUCCAGCCUCCAGUCGGUCCCUAAUAUCCCCUUCUACUUCUUCUUCAAUGCUCUGCUCCUUGUCCUCACUCUGAUGAACAUCUACUGGUUUCUGUACAUCGUCCUGUUUGUGGCCAAGGUGCUGAUGGGGCAGAUGCAAGAGGUGAACGAUGUGCGGGAGUACGACGUGGAGGACAGCAAGAAAACCACAACGGCCAAGAAGAAAGAGGCUGGACUCCAGCUGCCCAAUGCUCUGAAAGAAGGGAUGCACCUGAAGAAUGGACUUGUCAAAGACAAGCGGUUAUAAGGGAAGCGUGACUGCUGCAGCCCGGGCAGCCUGGCUGGAUCUGGGGACUGACCCAGGACCCUGCGCUCAAACCCAGCAAAUGAAAGGCGGCACAAGGAGAACUUCAUCCCCGAUUACCCCUUCAUCCCCUGCCUGGAGCCGGGGAAGAGAUGCCACUGGCAGGAUCGGGCCCCUCCUGGGGCUUGGCUAUGACCAGGCUUCACCUGAUGCUGAUGUGCUUUCUGUAGCCAGUCCGUGCUGGUUCAGUUGAGAGGCUGGU